AANUAGAACUAUUCAGUAGUCUAAAUAUGAAAUGAAUGUUUUCGUAUUUAAAAGUAUAUUCAAAAUUCGUUAAUUUUCUUAAAUUUAACUAAAAAUUUACGAAAUAUUUAAUACAUAUUCGAUGAUAGAUUUAAUGUAAUUAAUAUCAGUCAUGAAACCUGACAAAUUUAAAAUAUCGGAGAAGAAAAAUCCUUUACUAAUUAUAGCAGAAUCCCAUUUGAAGAAACUAGCCAAAUUAGAAAGGUCAGAAAUAUCCAGUUAUUAUCAGACAUAUGGGCAUAGAGCAGCUGUAGAUUUGUUGCAGAAAGGAUUUGUUUCAGCCCAUGAGGAACUUCAAUCCAUUCUGCUGCUUAACAAUGAAUUAUAUGGAAAUGAUGUUCCAAAAUACAAAAGCAAAGUAGAUUUACUAAACAACACACCAGACAAAUUACAAAUUUUAACAAAUUGUCUAAUGCAAGCAGAAAUUAAUCAUAGGAAAGGACAUUGGGGAAUAAAAUUCGAAGUAUUAACAAAAGCAGCAAAUCACUUCCAAAAUGAACAAGAUUAUUGGUUAUCAGAAUAUCUCUAUUCUAAUUGCAUGAAAAUUGUUCACAAACUUGAAUAUAACCGUGAAGUCAGAUCGGCUCUGAUUGAUUACCAAUUAGGAAUUCAUGCAGAAUUUAGAGAUGAUUUGCAAGCAGCUCAAAGUUAUUUGGAGAAAGCACACGAUAAAGCUAAGGGUAGAUCUUGGAGUUUAGAAAUGCUAGAUCGACCUUUACAAGAACUAAUUUCGUUAGAGUUAUAUAAGAUUUGUAUAGCACUUGGGCAAAUGAGAGAAGAAGAAAAUCAUGAGGAUGCUGUUAAAUACUAUAUGAAAGCUUUAGAAGUUGCAAAUAACGCCAGAGAUAAAACGAAGAAAGCUGUUUCCCAUCAGAAAUUGGGAAAUCUCUUUGAAAAAAUGAAAGAAACUGAAAAAUCUCAGAAGCAUUUCGAAAUGUUGGCAUAUUUGAGUAAAGAAACUAAGAAUAACGAGCAGUUAUGUGCAGCCUAUCAAGCUUUGGCACGAAUUUAUCACGGCAACGGUCAAUGGGAAACAGCUAUCAAAUCCUUAGAACAUUGUCUAUCUGUUGCGAAAGAAUCGAACUUGGUGUUUACCCUCAUUUCUGUUCACACUACACUUUCCACAAUUUAUAUGUCUCUUGGAGAAUACAGUAAAGCAUUCAGUCACAUUUCAUCAGCCGCCAAUUUAGAAAUCGAGGAUGAUAAUGAGAAGAAAGUUGAACAGACACAAGACAAACGUUCUAUAUCUUUCGAUUUGAUUCGUGUUAUAUAUGGAAUUACUAAAGCACAUAUCUUUAUGGACAAGUUUUUUGCUGAAAUACUCAGAAACGAUAAAAUGACAUACAUUCCAAAAUUUGAUAACAUAGAAAUAGAUAGCGGCGAUGCAAAGAAAUCUUCUGUAGAAACAUAUAAAUCUGAAUUAAAUCUGGAAGAAACUAUCCAUAAUACUACAGAAACGAAUAUGGCAAAGCAUUCAAGUAAUGAAUCAUCUUCCAAGUAGCUAGAACAUACGUAGAGAGACUUGCUCUCUGUUUAAUGAUGUUACUUCUUAAGAAUUUAAAUUUUAUUACUUUUCUUUAACUUGUAUAAUUGCCUAUUGUUGUUGUGA